GAGAUGCACUACUCGUCUUGUACGCGCAAAUAAUUUUUUUUAAAUCUAGUGCUCUGGCACUAGAUAUAAAAAUACACCAUUAAAACUCCUUGUCUUUCAUUUCUAAACCUCCCUUCCUCAGAAAAUCCGAAGCACCAAUUUCAAUAUAAAUAUUAGGUCAUGGAUAAUAACAUGCAACAAGCUGCUGUGAUGAAUAAUAACAUUCAACAACCUCCUGUUAGUUUCCCACCCCCUCAAGGUUAUCAUCCACAAGCUUACCCAAAUGGGAUGUAUCCUCCCCCACAAGUAUAUAGUCCCCAGGCCCAAGGGCAUGGAUACCCACAAGGGAAUUACCCUCCACAAGGAGUAGGAUAUUACCCCCAACCCCAAGGUUAUCCUCCGCCCAUGGGAAUGGGAUAUCCACCACAAGGUUACCCUCCACAAUACGGUGCACCCCCACAAGGGCAAGGAUAUCCUCCUCAAAAACAAAAACAAAAUCAAGCUGCUACUGGUGUCAUGGGAGGAUGUUUGGCUGCUUUGUGUUGCUGUUGUCUCUUAGAUGCAUGUCUUGAAUGAAGGAUCAAUGAUUUAUUUUUUUUUAACCGCAAGUGAUCUACAACAGAAGGUGGUGAUUCCCAGCUAUAGGGUUGAAAGUAAGGAUCAUCGAAGAAUCUCGCUUUACUUUUCGUGAAGGUCAUAUCCUUGAUAUAUGAUUUGAUGAACCAAGACCCCCUUCAUGUGUGCUUAAAAAUGCAAUGCUUUCAAUUAGAUGCCUUGCCAACACUUAGGAUAUGUAAAUUUUGAGAGAUUAUGUUAAUGCAGAUGAUAUAAUUUUGUUAAUCCUCAUGAUCGGAUUACAAUUCUACAUUCGUGUAGGUAUACUCUUCGUGUCUUAACAAGAUGGAAAUGUAAAUCAGGGAGAAAACGUGGCACAUUUUGGAAUAAAAAAUUGUGGCAUAUUCAAUAUAGUUUUGAUAUGUUGCUCUUUCUUUCCA